AUGAGCGGUGCUGCAAUUUCAGACCCUAAUCAGCACCCUCCCCAAGACGAUCACACCAACAUCAACACCUCCUCCAAAAAGGGCAAGGGCAAGGGCAAGGGCGGCCCCGACAACGCCAAGUUCCGCUACCGCGGCGUCCGCCAGCGCAGCUGGGGGAAGUGGGUGGCGGAGAUCCGCGAGCCGCGCAAACGCACCCGCCGCUGGCUCGGCACCUUCGCCACCGCCGAGGACGCCGCCCGCGCCUACGACCGCGCCGCCGUCAUCCUCUAUGGCUCCCGCGCGCAGCUCAAUCUCCAGCCCUCCGCCGCCGCCGGCACCGGCGCCGCCUCCUCCUCGCAGUCGUCGUCGCGGAGCAGCUCCUCCUCCUCCUCCGGGCAGACGCUCCGCCCUCUCCUGCCGCGGCCGUCCGGCUUCGGCCUCACUUAUCCCUUGCCCAAUUACGUGCAGUACGGGUUGUACCCUAGCGUACAAUACCCUAACAUUUUGCCCCAAUUAGCUCCGCAGCAGCCGUACGGAAUUCCUGAUUUGGGGAUUUCUGAAUCGAAUUCCCAAAUUAGGGUUAGUUCCGAUACAAUUACAAACCCUUCCUUUCCAAACCCUAACAAUCACGAUUGCCAAAAUAUGCAACAAAAUCAGAAUCAAAAUCAGAAUACAAUUAAUUAUGACGAGAUCAACUCGCUCGUAUGCUCGACCGGUUCGCUGCUGUCGGAGCCUGCGCCGGUGCCAGCACUAUCGGAUCCGACGGCGGUGCUGAACGGAUACGAGGCCUCGCCGUCGUGGCCGAUGAUGGCGCAGGAGGAGUAUCCAGCGAUGAGCAUUUGGGAUUACGGCGAUCCCUUCUUCUUCGAUAGUAUCUGA